GACAAUGCCCGUCUCUUCCCACGUGCCCACUGGUGAUGGUGCUACUGAGGUCUCCGGGACAGAAGGCAUGUCCUCCAGCGGGACAUUCUCCUCUGGCCCGGCACACUCCUCCAUGUCACCAGACAUCUCCACAGGCAUGCGGGGGCUCUCGACAUCCCCAGUCAUGACAGGAGUCGCCGAGGGGACCCUCACCACGCCAACUGGUCACCCUGGGGCUACGUCGCCGGGCACAACUCCCUUGGACACAUGGACCACCGCCUCCAGCCCAGGGACUCACGGGGCUGCGACUCAAGGUUUCACACGCUCACCGGUGACCACUCCCGGGAGCAGGGGCCCGGAGCAUGUGUCCAGGACACGUCCUCCCUUUGAGGAGACGAGCAGCUCUUCCUCCGUGCAAUCGGCCCCUAGCACAGCCUCCCCGUCCCCAGUUUCUCCUACAAUACGUGAGGGCGCGUCCUCCCCUCCUCCUCUCGUCACCUCCGUUUGGACCUCUGGCCUGCAGCCGGCCACUGACGCCUUGGGCACAAGCGUGGAUCCCGGAGCCCGUUCCACUCCACAUGUGAGCGAGAGCACAGCGCGCAGCCUGGACUCCACCGCAGCCUCCACAGGUACAGGUGCAGUUCACCUUUCGGGACACACAGCUGAGACCAGUGUGGGGACCACCAGGUCAGGACGGGAAACACCUUCCUCUGUGCCAGGUGAGUCAGCGCCAACCGAAGUGACUUCUCCAGUGGCGACCCCUUCCGUCACGAGGGAAAGCAGAGUUUCCGCACCAGUGCCCGGCUCUUCGGAAACCACUUGGUCUGAGACAGAGUCAGCAUCCUCCACGAGGCCCGGCCUGAGGGAGGCCAGCACCUCCCAGCCCGUGAGCUCAGCCGCGGAGACAAUGCCCGUCUCUUCCCACGUGCCCACUGGUGAUGGUGCUACUGAGGUCUCCGGGACAGAAGGCAUGUCCUCCAGCGGGACAUUCUCCUCUGGCCCGGCACACUCCUCCAUGUCACCAGACAUCUCCACAGGCAUGCGGGGGCUCUCGACAUCCCCAGUCAUGACGGGAGUCGCCGAGGGGACCCUCACCACGCCAACUGGUCACCCUGGGGCUACGUCGCCGGGCACAACUCCCUUGGACACAUGGACCACCGCCUCCAGCCCAGGGACUCACGGGGCUGCGACUCAAGGUUUCACACGCUCACCGGUGACCACUCCCGGGAGCAGGGGCCCGGAGCAUGUGUCCAGGACACGUCCUCCCUUUGAGGAGACGAGCAGCUCUUCCUCCGUGCAAUCGGCCACUAGCACAGCCUCCCCGUCCACAGUUUCUCCUACGAUACGUGAGGGCGCGUCCUCCCCUCCUCCUCUCGUCACCUCCGUUUGGACCUCUGGCCUGCAGCCGGCCACUGACGCCUUGGGCACAAGCGUGGAUCCCGGAGCACGUUCCACUCCACAUGUGAGCGAGAGCACAGCGCGCAGCCUGGACUCCACCGCAGCCUCCACAGACAUCUCCACAGGCAUGCGGGGGCUCUCGACAUCCCCAGUCAUGACGGGAGUCGCCGAGGGGACCCUCACCACGCCAACUGGUCACCCUGGGGCUACGUCGCCGGGCACAACUCCCUUGGACACAUGGACCACCGCCUCCAGCCCAGGGACUCACGGGGCUGCGACUCAAGGUUUCACACGCUCACCGCCGGCCACUGACGCCUUGGGCACAAGCGUGGAUCCCGGAGCCCGUUCCACUCCACAUGUGAGCGAGAGCACAGCGCGCAGCCUGGACUCCACCGCAGCCUCCACAGUUUCUCCUACAAUACGUGAGGGCGCGUCCUCCCCUCCUCCUCUCGUCACCUCCGUUUGGACCUCUGGCCUGCAGCCGGCCACUGACGCCUUGGGCACAAGCGUGGAUCCCGGAGCCCGUUCCACUCCACAUGUGAGCGAGAGCACAGCGCGCAGCCUGGACUCCACCGCAGCCUCCACAGAAUCCAGUUCAACUGUUCCAGCUACAACUGUACAACCUGUUGUACCAGAGGUGGUGACCUCACAGGCUACUAGUUCUGGGGCAGAGCCCAGCACAAUUUUUCCAACUUUGACAAUUUCCCCAGAUCAACUGGAGACCACACCCUCAUGGAUCACCCAUUAUGGGACAGAAGUCAGGUCAGCUGUUCCAACUCGGACUGAUUCCUCUGAUACCACAGCCUCACUAUCCAUCCAACCUGGGAUGGACCUCAGCACAACUAUUUCAACUUCAACUCUUUUCCAUGGUUCACCGGACACCACAAGCUUACUGGCCACCAGUCCUGCAUCUGAGGCCAGUACAGGUCUUCCAACUCUGACUGUUUCCUCUGUUGUUCUUGGGCCUGCCAGUACCCCUGCAACCACAGGUGAGCCUUAUACUGUAGCUUCCUGGAGCACACUAACCUCGCCACCUGCAACCUCAGUUGGUUUUCCAGAAUUUUCCGACACUGUGACUAGGGGCACUGUGACCUUGACUGCAGCUGAAAGCAGCCCAGGAGGAUUAAGUCCAACCACUAUCCUGAAAACUACAACUCUUGCAGCCACUAAGUCAGCUGCCACAGGUUCAGACCGCACUGUGGCUGAGACUACAGCCACUUUCAGUACACUGUCUGAAAGUUCCUUUGUCCCUGUGACCACACCUGAGACGUCCACCGAGGCCUAUGUGAGUGUGACUUCAAGAACAACUGCAGUUCCUCUCUUGAUGCCUUUUAUUGUCAACUUCACCAUCACUAACCUGCGUUACACAGAGGACAUGGGAAACCUGGGCUCUGAGAUAUUCAAUACCACUGAAAGGCACCUGCAACAAUUGCUGGGGCCCUUGUUCAGGAACAGCAUCGGUUCCCUCUAUGCUGGCUGCAGAUUGACCUUGCUCAGGGCUGAAAAGGAGGGAGCAAGCACGACAGUGGGUGCGAUCUGCACCCACUAUGCAGAUCCCACAGGCUUCAGGCUGGACAGAGAACAGCUGUACUGGGAGCUAAGCCGGCAGACCCAUGGUGUCACUCGGCUGGACCCCUACACCCUGGACAGCAAUAGUCUCUUCGUCAGUGGUUAUAACCAUCGAUACUGGAUCUCCACCACCAGCAAUGUGGGCCCAGCCCCAGUGCCUUUCACCCUCAAUUUCACCAUCACCAACAUGCUCUACACCCCAGACAUGAGGCUCCCAGGCUCUGCGAAGUUCAACUCCACUGAGAGGGUUUUGAAUCACCUGCUUGGUCCUUUGUUCAAGAACACCAGCAUUGGCCCACUGUAUUCUGGCUGCCGACUGGCCCUGCUCAGGACUGAGAAAGAUGGGGCAUCAACUGGAGUGGACACGGUCUGCACGUACCAUCCUAACCCCAUAGGCCCUGGACUGGACAUAGAAGAGUUGUACCAAGAGCUGAGUCAGCUGACCCAUGGCGUCACCCUGCUGGACACCUACACCCUGGACAGAGACAGUCUCUAUGUCAAUGGUUAUAAUUAUCACAACUGGACACCUGCCACAAGCAGUGUGAGCCCUUCUCUGGUGUCCUUCACCCUCAACUUCACCAUCACCAGCCUGCGCUACACAGAGGGCAUGGGGAGCCCGGGAUCUGAGAUAUUCAACAACAUGGAGAGAAUCUUGAAUCGCCUGCUCAAACCAUUGUUCCAGAACAGCAGUAUUGGGCCCUUCUAUUUUGGCUGCAGAUUGACCUUGCUCAGGCCUGAAAAAAAUGGAACAACCACUGGAAUUGAUACUGUCUGCACAUACCGUUCUGACUAUGUGGAUCCUAAGCUGGACAGAGAGCAGCUGUACUGGGAGAUGAGCCGUGGGACCCAUGGUGUUACCCAGCUGGGCUCCUUCACACUGGACAAGGACAGCCUCUACAUCAAUGGUGAGCAUCCUUUUUCUACCGUGACCUCUACUCUCUUCCCAAGGACUUCAGCCCAGCCCAUGUCUGACUCAGGCAUGGCCUCCUUUUUCCUUCCCUCUGCCAUAGCAGCUGUUUCUUUCCUGGUGCCAUUCACCCUCAACUUCACCAUCACCAACCUGCACUACGAGGAGGACAUGCAGCACCCGGGCUCCAGGAAAUUCAACACCACAGAGAGGAUCCUGCAGGGUCUGCUCAAAUCUGUGUUCAAGAAUAGCAGUCUGAGAUUACUCUAUGCAGGUUGCAGACUAGCCUCGCUCAGCUCUGAGAAGGAGGGGACAGCCACCAGAGUGGAUUUCAUCUGCACUCAUCGCCCUGACCCUGACGGUCCUGGACUAGACAGAGAGCAGCUGUACUGGGAGCUGAGACAGCUGACCCAUGGCAUCAGCAUGCUGAGACCCUACACGCUGGACAGGGACAGUCUCUAUGUCAAUGGUUUCACCCAUCAGAGCUCCACACUCAUCACCAGCACUCCUGGGACAUCCACAGUUGAGCAAGAGAACUUUGGGACUCCACCUUCAUUCUCCAGCCCCACAGCUGCUGGCCCUGCCCUCAUGUCCUUCACUCUCAACUUUACCAUCACCAACCUGAACUACACAGAGGACAUGCAGCCAGGCUCUGCGAAGUUCAACUCCACAGAGUCAAUUCUACAAUAUCUGGUGGGGCCUGAAAAGGGUGAAACAGCCACUGGAGUUGAUGCCAUUUGUACCUAUCAUCCUGAACCUGCAGGCCCCGUGCUGGACAGGGAGCAGCUCUACUGGGAGCUGAGCCACCAGACCCAUGGUGUCACCAGGCUUGAUCCCUACCUCCUAGAUAGGGAUCAUCUCUAUGUCAACGGUUACACCAGACCAGUCUUGACAUCCAUCCCCAGUGUGUCUAUGACUUCUACACCCUCCUUGAGAAACUCAUUGGCUCCAAUCUCCUUCUUCAGUUCUACAGUCUCUGUCCUUGCCCUGGUGCCAUUCACCCUUAACUUCACCAUAACAAACCUGCACUACAUGAAUGACAUGCAACAUCCGAGCUCAGUAAAGUUCAACAAAAUAGAAAAGAUCCUGCAGCAACUGCUCAGACCCUUGUUUAAGAACACCAGUAUCAGCCUCCUCUAUUCCAGCUGUAGACUCACCUUGCUCAGGCCUGAAAGAGAUGGAGCAGCCACCAGUGUGGACACAGCUUGCAACUACCGUCCUGACCCUGCAGGCCCCGGGCUGGACAGAAAGCAGCUGUACAGGGAGCUGAGCCAGCUGACCCAAGGUGUCACCAAGUUGGGUCCCUACACCCUGGACCAGGACAGUCUCUAUGUCAAUGGUUACACACACCAGACUUCAGAAACCACCCCCCAUCUUCCUGUGACAUCCAUACCCUUCAUUUCUCUGGCUCCAUCCCCCUCCAGCAGGCUCACAGCGGCCACUGCCCCCACCCUGGUGUUCUUCACCCUGAACUUCACCAUCACCGACCUGCUCUACACGGAGGACAUGGGACACUCAGCUUCCUUGAAGUUCAAUUCCACUGAGAGAGUCCUACUGCACCACUUGCGGCUCUUGCUCAGUAAGACCAGUGUCGGCCCCCUCUUCUCAGACUGCAGACUGGCUUCACUCAGGGUUGAGAAACAUGGAGCAGCCACUGGUGUGGACAUUGUCUGCACCCACCACUCUGACUAUGGGGGCCCCAGGCUGGACAGAGAGCAGCUGUACUGGGAGCUGAGCCAUGAGACCCAUGGUGUCACCCGGCUGGGUUCCUUCACCCUGGACAGGAACAGCCUUCGCGUCAAUGGUUACACCUUGCAAGUCACAACCAUGACUCCCACCACUGCGGAGGUCAUUGAGGAGCCUUUCACACUGAAUUUCACCAUUGACAACCUGCACUACACAGCGGACAUGAGCCAUCGGGGCUCCCACAUGUUCAACAUCACAGACAUCCUCAUGCAGCAUCUGAUCAGCUCGUUGUUCAGGAAGAGCAGCCUUGGUCCCCGAUAUGCAGGUUGCAAGGUCACCUCGCUAAGGUCUGUGAAGAAUGGCGCCAAGACAGGGGUGGACUUUCUCUGCACCUACCGCCAGCCUUCCAGCGGCCCAGGUCUGCCUGCCAAGCAGCUGUUCCAUGAGCUGAGCUGGCAAACCCACGGCAUCACAAAGCUGGGCUCCUACUUUCUGGAUAAGGACAGCCUCUACCUCAAUGGUUAUAAUGAACGUGGUCCAGAUGAGCCUCCUACAACUCCUGAACCAGCCACUACAGUCCUGCCCACUUUGUCAUCAUCUGUGCAACCAGAAGCAACCACAGUUCUGUUGUACAACUUGGAGACCCUCACACUCAACUUUACCAUCUCCAACCUCCAGUAUUCAGUAGACAUGGGAAGUGGCUCAGCCAUGUUCAACUCUACUCAGAGUGUCCUGCAGUACCUGCUCAAAUCCUUGUUUAUGAAGAGCAGUCUGGGCCCCUACUACUCAGGUUGCAGACUGAUCUCCCUCAGGCCUGAGAAAGAUGGAGCAGCCACCAGGGUGGAUAUCAUCUGCACCUAUCACCCUGACCCCUUGAACCCCGGGCUAGACAGAGAGCGACUUUACUGGGAGCUGAGCCAGCUGACCCACAGUGUCACCCAGAUGGGUCGCUAUACCCUGGUCAGGGGCAGCCUCUUUGUCAAUGGCUAUGCCCCACAGGAUUUACCUAUUCAGAGUGAGUACCAGCUAAAUUUCCGCAUCAUCAACUGGAACCUCAGCAACCCAGACCCCAUGUCCUCCGAGUACACCUCCCUGCUGAGGGACAUCCAGGACAAGGUCACCAAACUCUACAGAGGCAGCCAGCUAGGAGAUGCAUUCUACUCCUGCCUGGUUACUGACUUGAAGCUGGGCUCCGUGACAGUCACUAUCCAGGAACUGUUCUCCUCCAGUGUAGACCCCAGAAUGGUGAAACAAAUCUUUCUAGACAAGACCCUCAAUGCUUCAUCCCACUGGCUGGGUGCCACCUACCAUUUGGCAGAUAUUCAAGUGACAGAAGUGGAGGCAUCAGUUCAUCCGCCAACAGACAAACCAACAAGCAGUCCCAGCCCUCAGCACCUCCAGCUGAAUUUCACUGUCACCAAUCUACUCUAUGUCCAGGACAUAGGCCUACCAGGCACCACCACACACCAGCGGAACAAAAGAAGCAUGGAGAAUGCGCUCAACCAGCUCUUCCGAAACAGCAGCAUCAAGAAUUAUUUUUCUGACUGUCAAGUUAUAGCGUUCAGGUCUGUCCCCCACAGCAACCACACCAGGGUGGACUCCCUGUGCCACUUCUCACCAUUGGCACAGAAAAUGGACAGAGUUGCCAUCUAUGAGGAAUUCCUGCAGCUGACUCAGAAUGGCACCCACCUUCAGAACUUUACCCUGGACAGGAACAGUGUGCUAGUGGAUGGCUAUUCUCCAAGUAGACCUGAGACCCUGACUGGUAAUUCUGAUUUCCCUUUUUGGGCCAUCAUCCUCUUCUGCUUGGCGGGACUCUUGGUAAUCACCACGUGCCUGAUCUGCUGUUUCCUGGUCACCGUGUGCCUGCGGAAGAAGGAGGAAGAUUUUGAGAUUCAGCAAUGAUGCCCGGUACCUGCCACACCUAGACCUGAGGAAGCUGCAAUGACUAGAUCUGCCUGAGGCCCCUGUUCCCAUCCAGGGCCCAAAGGAGCUUGGCUGGACCAGAAAUCAACCACACUGAUCUGUCACAUUCUCUGGGCCCUUCUUAACAUGGCCCCUGUCUGGUUCACAGGAAACUGAGAUAAAAUUCUUCCCCUUCAUUAAGUCCUGAAGGAAACUGCUAGUUCCGGCUUGUCUUGUGGGUUCAUAUCCCUUUAUCUCUCAGGAACUCCACAGUUGGCUAAACUGGAGCAGAAAUUGCCGCAGUAUAAAACUGCAUGCUCUUCAGCGUGAGGUUUCCCUUCUUAGGAAACUUUGCAGCACACCUCCCCUGACCUGUGUCAGCAACCACACUUAUCUCUGUGCCUCCAUUCCCCUCCCCCCUCCAAGCCCAGGCAUUUCAAAUGCCCUUUGCUCCACUUCAUUCUCUGAAGUACAGACUCACCAGGACUUCCAGAUCAACCUGCCACUCUGGAACCCCUUUCCUCAUGGUUCUCCAAGAUGAAAAAUAGACCAGGAUGGAAAGAAUGCUUAGACAUGACUCUGCAUUCAGUCCUGGGACUUGGAACCUGAAAUGACUAAAAAUCUAGGAAGACUGAAUCCAGAGUAACACCCAGACCUUAGAAAUCAGUGUCUGCUUUGGAAGUACAGGUGAAUAAA